AUGAAGUUCUCCUUAAACCCUGACAACUACCUUGAAGAUGGAAUUAUGAAUAUGGCAGCUUUCCUACGGGGCCUUGAAGAAAAGGGGAUAAAGAAUGAUAGGCCUGAAGACCAGUUGAGUAAAGAGAAAAAGAAAAUUCUGUUUUCCUUCUGUGAGGUGUGCAACAUCCAGCUGAACUCCGCAGCCCAGGCCCAGGUCCAUUACAAUGGCAAAUCCCACCGCAAACGAGUAAAGCAGCUGAGUGAUGGGCAGCCUCCUGCCCUAGCUCCGGACCCGGGACCUCCGCUGGCCAACCCUGGCACCAACACCAGCACAGAUAACUCAGCCUGGAGCCAAGUCUCGGUAGCACUGUGCAUUACCCUGGUCACAUACUGGAAGUUUUGUUUACCCAAGUUGGUUGCUCUUGAAGCUGGUGAAAGCCCUGCCAGGAUGUGGAGUGGACUUCCUAGCAGAGGCAGUACAUGCCACACUACUACCCUUCCUGCUCUUGUGCGCACACCUACCCUGAUGAUGCAGCCUUCACUGGAUAUCAAACCAUUUAUGUCUUUUCCAGUGGACAGUAGCUCUGCUGUUGGGCUCUUUCCAAAUUUUAACACAAUGGAUCCUGUGCAAAAAGCUGUCAUUAACCACACAUUUGGAGUGUCCAUUCCCCCAAAGAAGAAACAAGUUAUUUCUUGUAAUGUCUGUCAGCUUCGCUUUAACUCAGAUAGCCAGGCCGAGGCCCACUACAAAGGAAGUAAACAUGCCAAGAAGGUCAAAGCACUAGAGGCAACGAAAAAUAAACCCAAAAUGGUUUCUUCCAAGGACAGCGCAAAGGCUAAUCCCAGCUGCUCCAUCACUCCAAUCACAGGCAACAGCUCUGACAAAUCAGAAGAUAAAGAGAAGUUAAAAGCCAAUAGUUCCAGCCAGCCAUCAAGCUCUGAAGGUGGUUCAUUUCUCCUCAAAUCUGGCACAACACCCCUGCCACCUGGAGCAGCCAGUUCUCCCUCCAAGAGCACAAAUGGAGCUCCUGGUACUGUUGCUGAAUCAGAAGAAGAAAAAGCCAAAAAAUUACUUUAUUGUUCACUAUGCAAAGUGGCUGUGAACUCCCUGUCACAGCUAGAAGCACACAACACAGGAUCUAAACACAAGACCAUGGUCGAGGCUCGUAAUGGGGCUGGUCCUAUUAAGUCUUAUCCUAGACCUGGAUCAAGAUUAAAGAUGCAGAAUGGCAGUAAGGGGUCAGGACUACAGAACAAAACGUUUCAUUGUGAAAUCUGUGAUGUUCAUGUUAAUUCCGAAAUUCAACUCAAACAGCACAUUUCUAGCCGAAGACAUAAAGAUCGAGUUGCAGGGAAACCACUGAAGCCGAAAUACAGCCCUUACAACAAACUCCAGCGGAGCCCAAGUAUUUUAGCGGCAAAACUAGCAUUCCAGAAAGAUCUGAUGAAGCCUUUGGCGCCGGCCUUCCUGUCGUCGCCGCUGGCCGCUGCGGCAGCCGUGUCGUCCGCGCUGUCCCUGCCGGCCCGGCCGUCCGCCUCGCUCUUCCAGGCGGCCGCCAUCCCUCCCGCCCUGCUGAGGCCGGGCCACGGGCCCCUCCGCGCCGCUCCCGCCUCCAUCCUCUUCGCUCCAUACUGACGUCUGCCAGCCCCAGGUCGGUGGAGGCCAGUAGGCGGGUUGAGACGAAAGCCAAAAGGGUUCAGUAACUUAGGCAUUGUGCGUGGCAGGGCCCCCACCCAGCCACGAGAUGCAGCAGACCACCCAAGCCCCAGCUCCGAGCACACACAGGUCACUAGACCCAGGAGUGCUUUUAGGGACCGCUCCUCUUAUUUAGGAAUCUGCGCAGCACUGGCUAUAUCUCCCUACCCCGCUCCCACCCCACCCAUUCAAUUCGUGUAUCUGAGAUAUUUGGUUUCUUGAAAAUGUAAUGGUCAAAAAAAAAAAAAAAAAGUCAUUCUCUAUUUUUCCAUGGGUGCGAUCUAUCUGGCUUAGAAACGAUAUGGAAUGUUUUCCUGACAGACUUGAAAACUAGGCUCUUCCUCAGAUGUCUGUAAAUAACUCUGGAAUCCACCUGGGCAUAUUCUAGUGUGGCACAAAAACAGAUGAACUCAAGUGCUCGCUUGUGGACACCAUCUUACCACCGGAUCACAGCGUUUUCUUCUUGGUGUACUAUUGUUGACAGGGAUUGUGUACUGUUUUAGACCCAAGUACUGUUGUAUCCUGUGUAGUACUAGACCUGUACUUCUUGUCUGAAUUCAACAUUUUUAGUUGCUGUGUUAAUGUUAGGAAGCAAAGUAGCUUUGAAUUUUCUCUUUAAGAGAACAAAAGAUAAAGUAAUGUAUUUUCCUUAUUUCACACUUUAAUUUAGAGAAAUUUAAAUGAAAUAGAAAGCCAUAUAACAGCUAUAAUUACUACCUGUUUGCUCUUUGUGUUUAACUUAUUUUGUAGCUUCCUCACUGGUUUGAGUUGCUAAGCAAAUGUAUACACACAGAAAAAGAGCUUCCUAAAUUGCACAUUUUUGCACUUCCUGUGCAUUCUGCAAGAAGACAAUGAAUCCAUGUAUUUCUACGUAAUUAUCUUCAUUUUUAACCUGUUUUCAUUUGUAAUGAUGCUACAUAAUUUUGUGGCUCCCUAAUGCAAUAAUGUACAGAAGAUAAAAAAUUUAUAAUUGAGCAAUUCAUCUUUCUGUUCACUGAAUAUGUUGCAGGUCAUGCUCCCAGGCCCCCCUUUCUAAGCUGAUAUCAACAAGACUGGAAUGUUUGUGAUAUCAGGGGCAAGAGGUAUCAUAAAACAACAAAAUAGAGUGAACUCUUUUAGAGUAUCUAUAUCUGCAAUCUGUAAAUGGUAAAAUGUCUGUGUAUUUUUUUAAA